AUGGCUAUCACCAAAGCAGUGGAUCCUUUACCGAAUGACCAAACCUACCCUCCGACCUUUAUACUGUGCCAAACUCUCAAAUAUUCGUGGUUCUACACACUGCGAAGGGUUACUCAGGGGAACAUCAUUUCCGCCCUAUGCACAUAUGGCAAAGAAUCUUUAGCCGUAUUUUGGAAAAAUGGUGACAUCUUUUUUGUCCGCGAUAUAGGUGACGACGAAGGUGUACCCAUUUACUCUGCAGUCCCUGAGGGAUUUGUUACGUUUGCAACGACCAUUCCCCACUUAGAUGGCAGUUCCGAUCUUCUCUUUUGUGGGCUAUCUACGGGACGUGUAUUAUCUGGUACAGUGUCUCUGAGUGAACCACAGGCAAUCUCGUGGACGUUCGCAUUUGAUACUACAUGUCGUGGGCCCGUUAUAUCUCUAUCAUACUUUUCCCCACCUGGGCGUGCGCUAGCUGUAGCCUUCGAACACUCCACAGAUACAUCUGAAAGCCAAGGGCAGGCAUUUCUUUAUAAUUUCACCAGGUUGCGCGCACACCAAUGGGUUUCAGACCAUGUCAUGAAUCUACCGGAGCACCUGGAGUUGCCAGAGAUUCUUGUACCUGUCAAUGUUUUACGAGGACCAUCAGAAAAUGAAGUAAUGGUGGCAUAUAAUGAUGCGGACAUACACUGUUUCACAUUGAGUAGCUCUCAGUGGAUAAGAUCUUUAUUUGUGGGUCACCGAAUUGGACGAGCUGCUCAAGACUUCCGUCGUAGCGAGUUGGUGGCAUGCAGCAACCUCAAGAACGGUGUUACAAUCCAACGGAUCGCUGCCGAGAGGUUGCGGGCGCCCUUCGGAAACCGUCCCAGGCUCUUUCAUAAAUACACUUCGACUUCAUCCUUCGUAACGCUUCAUUCUGAUGAGUCGCGCCAGUUCAAAGCCAAGAUAUCCUUCGUCACCCAUCAUGGCGGCACGAGAUCGUCAUCAAAGUUUAUCAACACAAGCUCGACGCCCGUUCCUCUGGCCACCUUACCCCAGCCAGCCGAGUCUUUUACAAAAAUUUCUCCUACGUCGGUGUCAUCUGCCCCGUCUGCAGUCUCAGACGGAUUUUUUGAAUCAGUCUCAAGCGGUCGGCAGCAUCGACAAUUUGUGACGGAGAAUGUUUCUCAAGACACCACAGCUGCAGGAAGUUCAUACUUCACUCCUUGGCACGAGGCAACUCUAGACAGCCAAGCCCGCUCGUACUUGUGGAAGCCAGACAGAUCCUACUCGCUGUCUUCUGCCCCCAGCCUUCCGCUCAAACGAACUGAAACAAAGCUCGGCGGAGGAGGAACGUCCGAUACCUUCGGAGUCUAUCACAGUAGUUUCAGUGGUUUCGUUGAGAACGCUGAUGCCUGCUCGUUUCAUGACAGCCCUCUGGUGGGCGACGUUUAUCUUCACCAUGUCACUCAAGCAGACGGUUACCAAAUCUUUAUCUACCAUGGUGGAAGCGAAGGCUGGGUCGAGGCAGAUGAGAGAUCAGCGCCGGUCCAGCACCCCUCAAAAAAGCACUCAAAUCGGAGAUUAGCUCUUAGAGGAGGAUUUGCCACACCCGACUGGAUGUCCGAAUCCGCACAAAUUGACCACCUAGUUCAACUUGGGAAGAUUGAAGCCCAGGAUGAACCAAUGUCUUCAAAGCCUUAA